GCAGCCACUGCCGAGACCGCGUCCAUCCUGCGAGUACAGUCUCCUCGCCGCUCCACCGCCGCCAAUCCACACCCGCCACCCAGCUCGCCAUGGAUGACGAUAUCGCUGCGCUCGUCGUUGACAACGGCUCCGGCAUGUGCAAGGCCGGCUUCGCGGGCGACGAUGCUCCCCGGGCCGUCUUCCCCUCCAUCGUGGGGCGCCCGCGGCACCAGGGUGUGAUGGUGGGCAUGGGUCAGAAGGAUUCCUAUGUGGGUGACGAGGCCCAGAGCAAGAGAGGCAUCCUGACCCUGAAGUACCCCAUUGAGCAUGRCAUCGUCACCAACUGGGACGACAUGGAGAAGAUUUGGCACCACACCUUCUACAACGAGCUGCGUGUGGCUCCGGAGGAGCACCCUGUGCUGCUGACCGAGGCUCCCCUGAACCCCAAGGCCAACCGUGAGAAGAUGACCCAG